AUGGGUGUGGUCACAGCCUUCGGCAUGGCUGGCGAGGGAGAGCCUUCAUACGAACAGUUCUCCCAUCUGUACAGCGUUACAAAGUCGAAGUCUGCUGACCAUGGGGGUUGGGUUCAGGCUAACUGCCUGAAGGCUACCGAGCGCGGCCAUUUUGUCAGUGCCGUGCCAACCUUCCAGAAGACGUGGAGGAAACGGCGGGUGCUUCUGUCGGGUGAUUGGGAGUCGCCCUCGGGACAUCCCGUCCGUUUCCACAUUCCCACUACCUUCCAAAUUGCCGGCAAAUUGAAGCAGCCGAGCGCUACACAAGCAAAGAUCCGGCAGAUCGAGAGGGUGAGGCUGAAGGUCCCUGCCGUGGAGAGAAUCUACCGGAAGUUCCUCUUCACCCCCAAUCUCAUCAAGGCUCAACUUUUCAACCCUGCCGAGAAUAAGUGUACUAGUCCAUUUUGA